UCGCCAAGCCAGAAUCUGAGAUCGUCGCUGAUAGCAAACACAAGAUGGAUCUCUCUGCGUUAGCUGAAGUGAAGAAACGAGAAGAUGGCUUGAACAAGGACGUUCAGAUUGCUAAAGAGUGUAUCUCUAAUCAAGAGAUUGAUGAUCUCGUUGCGGCUACAAAGAGAUUAGUUGUACAAGUUGUGGGGAAGGAAGCUGGAUUUGAUCAAGACUCGAUCAAGAAGAGGGAUAAAGCUGCCCUUAUUGCUUCCAUCGCCAAGCUUGAAUCUGAGUUGCAUGAGAUUCGUGCUGAAGGACAAGAGGAUAUUCUCGUUUGCCCCAACUUUUAUCCUACGGGUCUGACUAAGAAUGUCAAGACUGAUGCAGAAGCACUCGGAGGUUCUUCUGUUCAAGAACCCAAGAUAGAUAGGAAGCUGAGGGCUGAGAUAGACUUCACAAGCCCCUCUAGUACGCCGCCAGCUUUCAUCAAUAUUGUAGAUCACCCAUGCUUGUUGUGGGAUGUCAAAGACCCUAAGAAAGACUUGACUUCAGAGAAGAAUUGGAAAGACGAAGGCCGGGGAGGCCCGGUCCGAAACCAGGGAAAUCAUAACAAUUGUUGGACUUACUCGUCCACCGAUGUCUACAGCUCCCAUCGAUUGAGAAACGAAGAAGACGAGGAUUUUCGCGUUAUGAGCGCGAGAUAUCUAACAUUUUACGUCAGUGAGAAAGAGCGAGAGAGGGAACGUAGACAUGGAGAGAGGAAAACACACCAAUGCCACGGAUUCCCAGUAAUAGAUGGUCUUAGAUUCAUAAAGGAGCAUGGGGUUCCAGAAGAAUCUCCUCGGGAUGCUAAAACUGAUUACAGCUGCGUUAAAAAUCCGCCAUCUCGAACUCAAAAAUUGUUCCAUUUUGGUGCUGACGUUGAGUUCAUGGAGUCAGAUAAAAUUGAAGACUUGCAGAAGAUGCUUCUGCACCAGCCUGUCUCUGCAAAUAUGAUUCUGUAUAACCCGGAAUACGAGGACAUUCUUACGUUACAAUUGGUUAUUGCAGUUAGAGGAAAUCUAUGA